AUGGCGUCCUCCGCGCUGCCGGCACCGUCCGUCGUCGCCGUCGCCGUCGCCGUCGCGUUCGUGUUCGCGGUGGCCACCCUCGCUGCGACGGCGUCGGCAGCCGUCACCUACGACCGCAAGGCACUAGUGGUGAACGGGCGGCGCCGCAUCCUGCUCUCCGGCUCCAUCCACUACCCGAGGAGCGUGCCCGAGAUGUGGCCGGAUCUGAUACAGAAGGCCAAGGACGGCGGCCUCGACGUGGUGCAGACGUACGUGUUCUGGAAUGGCCACGAGCCCUCUCCUGGCCAGUACUAUUUCGAGGGGAGGUAUGAUCUAGUGCGCUUCAUCAAGCUGGUGAAGCAGGCCGGACUCUACGUGCAUCUCCGCAUUGGCCCCUACGUCUGCGCCGAGUGGAACUUCGGUGGUUUCCCUGUUUGGCUCAAGUAUGUCCCCGGCAUCAGCUUUAGAACUGAUAAUCAGCCAUUCAAGCUUGAGAUGCACAAGUUCACCACCAAGAUCGUUGACAUGAUGAAGUCGGAAGGGUUCUUUGAGUGGCAGGGAGGACCAAUAAUCCUCUCCCAGAUCGAGAACGAGUUUGGCCCCUUGGAGUGGGAUCAGGGCGAGCCUUCCAAGGCCUACGCUUCAUGGGCAGCUAACAUGGCGAUUGCGCUCAACACAGGUGUUCCAUGGAUCAUGUGUAAAGAGGACGACGCCCCAGAUCCAAUUAUUAAUACAUGCAAUGGAUUUUACUGUGACUGGUUCUCCCCGAAUAAACCUCACAAGCCUACCAUGUGGACCGAGGCUUGGACUGCCUGGUAUACAGGCUUUGGUGUUCCGGUUCCACAUAGACCAGUAGAGGAUCUAGCAUAUGGUGUUGCCAAGUUUAUCCAGAAGGGGGGCUCUUUUGUUAAUUAUUACAUGUAUCACGGAGGGACAAACUUCGGGCGGACAGCUGGUGGUCCAUUCGUUGCAACUAGCUAUGACUACGAUGCUCCUAUUGAUGAAUACGGCUUAUUGAGAGAACCAAAAUGGGGCCACUUGAAGGAGUUGCAUAGAGCCAUCAAGCUUUGCGAACCAGCCCUGGUUGCAGGAGAUCCCAUUAUAUCUUCCCUUGGGAAGGCUCAGAAGUCAUCCGUUUUUAGGUCAAGCACAGGAGCUUGUGCAGCUUUUCUUGAGAACAAGGAUAAGCUAUCUUAUGCAAGGGUAUCGUUCAGCGGAAUGCAUUAUGACCUGCCUCCUUGGUCUAUCAGUAUUCUUCCGGACUGCAAAACAACAGUCUUCAACACCGCUAGGGUUGGCAGCCAGAUUUCACAAAUGAAAAUGGAAUGGGCUGGAGGACUCACAUGGCAGUCAUAUAAUGAGGAGAUUAAUUCCUACAGUGAGGAGGAAGCAUUUACAGCGGUAGGAUUACUGGAACAAAUAAAUAUGACGAGGGAUAACACAGACUACUUGUGGUAUACAACAUAUGUUGAUGUUGCGAAGAAUGAGCAGUUCCUCACCAGUGGGAAGUCUCCAAAACUCGCUGUGAUGUCGGCUGGUCAUGCUUUGCAUGUUUUCGUUAAUGGACAAUUAACAGGAACUGUUUACGGCAGUGUAGAAGACCCAAAACUAACGUAUACUGGGAGUGUGAAACUAUGGGCAGGAAGCAACACUAUUUCAUGCUUAAGUAUAGCAGUUGGUCUCCCUAACGUUGGAGAACAUUUUGAGACUUGGAAUGCUGGAAUUCUUGGUCCGGUGAUACUUUAUGGCCUGAAUGAGGGAAGAAGAGAUCUCACAUGGCAGAAAUGGACCUAUCAGGUUGGUUUGAAAGGUGAGGCUAUGAGUCUUCAUUCACUUAGUGGAAGCUCAUCGGUAGAAUGGGGAGAACCUGUACAGAAGCAGCCUCUGACAUGGUACAAGGCUUUUUUCAACGCACCAGAUGGUGACGAGCCAUUAGCCUUGGACAUGAAUAGCAUGGGGAAGGGGCAAAUCUGGAUCAACGGUCAAAGCAUUGGACGGUAUUGGCCUGGCUACAAGGCCUCCGGAACAUGUGGUUACUGUGAUUACCGUGGUGAAUAUGAUGAGACGAAGUGUCAAACCAACUGCGGUGACUCUUCUCAGAGAUGGUACCAUGUUCCUCGCCCAUGGCUUAAUCCUACUGGGAACCUAUUGGUGAUAUUCGAGGAGAUUGGUGGUGACCCUAGUGAAAUUUCAAUGGUGAAAAGAAGUACUGGAAGUGUAUGUGCUGACGUGUCUGAAUGGCAGCCGUCGAUGACGAACUGGCGUAGCAAGGAGUACGAGAAAGCUAAGGUCCACCUCCAGUGUGAUCAUGGGCGGAAAAUAAGUGAAAUAAAAUUUGCCAGCUUUGGCACACCGCAGGGGUCCUGCGGGAGCUACUCAGAAGGCGGAUGCCAUGCACACAAGUCGUAUGACAUGUUUCGGAAGAACUGCAUUAACCAAGAGCACUGUGCGGUAAGCGUGGUUCCAGAGGUAUUUGGUGGAGAUCCUUGCCCUGGGACAAUGAAAAGGGCUGUUGUGGAGGUUAUGUGUGGCUGA